CCAUAGAAUCGGAUCUAAUUCGGGUUUCGAACAGACGUAGCCGCCCCACCCAAGACGAGGUUUUAUUCAGGUUUGUUUCUUCUUCUUCUUCCUCUUUCCCUUUUUCCCUCUCAGACAAUCUGGGGCUUCAAGGUCUGCAAGAAGAAGUGACCCACUGCCCUAAAACCCUAGCCUUCUUCAACACUGUAACAUAGAUUCGAACUGGGUUUGUACGAAGAGGAAGAAGAGGAAAAGCGGAAGAGGAGAAUGCCAGGGCCCACGCUGGACAUGGAGCCGGUGGAGCCGCAAUCCCUUAAGAAACUCAGUUUCAAGUCGCUCAAGCGAGCCCUUGAUCUUUUCUCCCCAGUCCAAGGUCGUAUAGCUCCCCCAGAUCUCGAAAGUAAAAAGAUACGUAUUAAUCACAAGAUAAAUAUAGAGUAUGGAGGAACCAAAAAUACCAGUAGCCAACCCAAUCGUCAGGAGGGUCGUCCUCAACCUACAGUUCCUUCCAAUGUGCUUGCACUUCCAGGUCCUGAGGGUUCUAGUGAUUCACAAAGAGGAGGCUCUCAAAAUGCUUUGGUUGUUGGUCCGUCUGUGCCUAGAACACCGAAUGAUACAGGAGUUUCGGGCAGGAGCACUGAUAUCAUAUCAACUUCAGGCUUGCCUGAAAGGAAUUUUUCAACUUCUGCUUUAAUGGAGAGAAUUCCUAGCAGAUGGCCCCGCCCUGUAUGGCGUGCUCCUUGGAAGAACUACAGGGUGAUUAGUGGCCACUUAGGGUGGGUGAGAUCUGUCGCAUUUGAUCCUAGUAAUACAUGGUUUUGUACUGGCUCUGCUGAUAGAACAAUCAAGAUAUGGGAUGUAGGAAGUGGAAAGCUAAAGCUUACACUGACAGGACAUAUUGAACAAGUACGAGGCCUUGCUGUCAGCAGCAAACAUACAUAUAUGUUUUCUGCUGGUGAUGACAAACAAGUAAAAUGCUGGGACCUUGAACAGAACAAGGUUAUUCGAUCGUAUCAUGGGCAUCUAAGUGGUGUGUACUGCUUGGCUCUUCAUCCCACCAUUGACAUUCUCCUUACUGGGGGACGUGAUUCUGUCUGUCGAGUCUGGGAUAUUCGUAGCAAGAUGCAGAUUUAUGCACUCACUGGACAUGACAACACAGUGUGCUCAGUUUUCACUAGGCCUACGGAUCCUCAAGUUGUUACGGGGUCUCAUGACUCAACGAUUAAGUUCUGGGACCUUAGAAAUGGGAAAACCAUUUCAACACUCACACACCACAAGAAGUCGGUCCGAGCAAUGGCACAGCAUCCUAAAGAGAAUUGUUUUGCUUCUGCAUCGGCCGACAACAUUAAGAAAUUUAGCCUUCCUAGAGGGGAAUUUUUACACAAUAUGCUCUCCCAGCAAAAGACCAUAAUUAACGCAAUGGCAGUCAAUGAUGAUGGUGUCAUGGCUACAGGAGGUGACAAUGGAAGUUUAUGGUUCUGGGAUUGGAAGAGUGGUCACAAUUUUCAGCAAGCCCAAACAAUUGUACAGCCCGGGUCAUUGGAUAGUGAAGCUGGUAUAUAUGCUGCUCAAUACGAUCUUACCGGUACAAGGCUUGUUACUUGUGAAGCCGACAAGACAAUCAAAAUGUGGAAAGAAGAUGAAAAUGCCACCCCAGAGACUCAUCCUCUCAACUUCAAGCCCCCAAAAGAUCUCCGACGAUUCUAGGGUUUUCCCUUUAGCUCUUUGGUUUUAUUUUUGGAAUGUUUUGUACUUAUAACAAUAGCUCCCUGUUGUUAGUCCCAAAAAGAAGAUAGUUUUGUUGAUUUCUGCUAAUGUAAGAUUAAUUAUCAUUAAAGGGAAAAAAAAGGUGGGGGAACAUAAUGGUCACACAUGGGUUAAAGAGACUUGGUCGAGCAAUAUGCAUGGUUUUCUACUUCCAAUGCUACAUGGUGUAGUGAAGUCUACUCCCCCCCAAAAAAUGGUGUAGCCUUUACCUUUUUAACUUGAUAUAAUUAUAUGAGAGUUUUGUGUUA